AUGCAAAGAGAAUACGACUUCAUCAUUUACGGCGCAUCUGGAUACACAGCAGCCUAUGUUAUUGAUUUCUUCAAGAAAGAAGACGUAAGGCUUGCACUUGCAGCAAGAGACAUCAGUAAGAUCGUAGACACUGAUCUUCCAAAAUAUGAAUGCCAGGUGGAUUGUAUUGAUAAUAUUGCUGCAAAAGCAAGAGUGUUGAUUAAUUGUGCAGGACCUUAUUAUUAUCAUGGAGAGGAUGUAGUGAAAGCAUGUAUAAGAAACAAAACACACUAUAUGGACAUUACUGGAGAAACAUGCUUUGUGGAAUUGCUUAUUAAGAGAUACCAUGAAGAAGCAGUCAGGAACGGUGUUUACAUCAUCAACUGCUGUGGAUUUGAUUCAGUUCCUACGGACAUUGGCGUGAUGUAUUUGAGCAGCAUGCUUGAAAAGGCGGAGAUUGAAAGCACACUCAAUAUCAGCAAUUUGGUUCUGAACAAAACCACAUGGGAGUCUCUUAUUGUUUCUGUGUCAAUUCUUAGGAAUUCCAAGGCAUUGCGUAAGAAGGAGGAACGUUCAAGUGAUAAAAAUCAAAAGAUGCAUCAUGAGAAACCUAGUGUGCCAUACAGAGUGAUUUUUAGAGGCUCUGACUACUUUGUUAUCAGGAGAAGUCAGGAGCUAUUGAGCCAGGUUGGACUGCAAAAGGCAAGAUUCUCUGCAUACUUACAGCUGCAUGGCAUGUUUGGAGUGAUUGGUUACUGGAUCAUGGUUGGGAUACUAUGGAUUUUAUCAGGUUCUAGGGCUGGAAGAUGGAUACUGAUGCAUGGAUACAGAGUUCUUACAUUUGGUGUUGUGAAAAAGAAUCCAAGUGUUGAUGAGGUGCACAAAGCAAAGUUCACAAUAAAGAUGAAUGGUACAGGAGAAAUAAAUGGGCGUGCAUGUACCAAAAGACUUGUUAUAUCAGGACCUGAUCCAUCAUAUAUAACAACAUCUAUAUGCCUGACACAAGUGGCAAUUGCGUUCUUGAAUGCGUUGGACUUGCAGGCCGAAAAUACAGGUGUAAUGCACUUCAAAGGUGGAGUAAUAACGCCAGGAUGUGUUCUAUUCAACACUGACAUUGUCAAGAGACUGACGUCAAGAGGAAUACGAUUUGAGAUUGAUUAA